AUGGACUUUUCACCUCAGGCCUUUCAUUGUUCAUUAUCUACUUCAGAUAAUGAGUUUGUAACUGAAGGAUGGACUGGUUACUUGAAAGUGGAUGCAAUUACUGAGGAUGGCCAUUAUUUAGUGUCUUUAAAUCAAGACACUAUUUCUGCAUCUUUGCCAAUGUAUUUACAACCAGAAUAUGUGGCUGGAUUCACAGUUGAAGUCAUUGUCUGCUUUACGACUGACCCAACCUGUUUGGCUAAAUGUAGUGGAGAUGCAGAAGUAUGGCAGCGUGGCAUUAUCCAGGAGGAAGAAAAUGGUGCAAUUAAGAUAUUCUUUGUAGACACCGGGAAAGAAGAAAAAAUUCCAAAGAGUUCUGUGCAUAGAUGCCCAUUAUCUCUCUUUAACCAACCUGUGCUUGCUGUUUCCUGCUUCUUGGUAGAUAUUCAACCAUUGAAUGGAUCCUGGUCAAGUGCUGCCUCUGAGCUCUUUAAAGAACUGACUCAUAAUGUAUCAUUGGAAUUAAAAGCCGAAGUCAGAUCUGGUGGCCAACAUGGCAUUUAUUUGUAUAAAGAAGAUGAUGAUGAAGCAAUCAAUGACCGUUUUGUCGAUCUUGGUUAUGCCUUGGCUGAAUCUGGCUCCAAACUGGAGGUUAACAGAGAACUUGAACAUAGUUUAUUGGAUCCUCAUCGUACUAAACACAUGGAGCUGUCUUUCCAUGACAUUUCCUGUUGCCGUGAGAGCUGCUAUGAUGAUGACUUUGACUGUGAUACAUUAAGCCACAAUAACAGCCAUGGACAUAUUUUGAUUGAAGAUUCUAUAAAAGGUCCUGCUGUUAUCACAAAUGCUACAAGAUUAAAGCAAGAAGUUACAGAUGAAAAUGAUAAAAUUUUGCUAAAAGAAGAAAGCAUAGAAACAUCACAGAAAAAAAGUGAAGAACAUUGUGAAAAUUUACAGAAAACAGGAGGUUAA